AGCAGCUUAUGUCUUCUGUUUGCCCUCUCUGCUCAUACACAUACACUACACUACAGCUCUCUAUGAUCUUCUCCUUUCACAAAUCUAUGCAAUUACACACAAGAUAAUUAGACGGCAUGAUGUGAGUUGUUAUUUAUGUUUUACAGGGGAAUUGGAAAGCAAGGAUUCCAGUGUCAAGUGUGCAGUUUUGUGGUGCACAGACGCUGCCAUGAGUUUGUCACUUUUACUUGUCCCGGAGCCAUCACUGCUCCCAAAGCAGAGGAUCUCAAGAGCAAACACAAGUUUAAAGUACAUACAUACUCCAGUCCCACCUUCUGUGAUCACUGUGGGUCUCUGCUCUACGGCCUCAUACAUCAGGGCAUGAAAUGUGCCAUUUGUUCAAUUGCAUAAUAUAAUUUAUGCAAUAUAAUUCAAUACGGUUAUGUAAGAACACACAUAAUGAGUUCUCAAUGGGUAAUGUAUGUUUUAGUGCACGAAGCAUAUAACCUGAUACCCAUGGACCCUAACGGCCUGUCGGACCCUUAUGUGAAGCUCAAACUCAUCCCUGAUCCAAAGAGCCAGAGCAAACAGAAAACCAAAACCAUCCGUUCUACACUCAACCCUAUCUGGAACGAGAGCUUCACCUUUUCAGUGCGUGGGAGGCAGUGGGACAGGCGUUUGUCUGUAGAGGUCUGGGACUGGGAUCGGACCUCACGGAAUGACUUCAUGGGCGCUCUGUCGUUCGGCGUUAGUGAGAUAUUCAGACGAUCAGUCAGCGGCUGGUUCAAACUACUCAACCAGGAUGAGGGAGAGUAUUAUAACAUCCCUGUACCUGACCCAGACCUGCAGGUACCAGAUGCUGCUCUCAUGCCCUCUGUUCCUCUUGUUCCUGUUACUGUGACGACGCCUGUUCCUACUGUGACCCCUCCUGCUCUGAAUCCAACUCCCACUGCACUGCACACGGGCAAAGGCCGAGUCAGGCUGCAUGAUUUCAACUUCCUCAUGGUUCUGGGCAAAGGGAGUUUUGGCAAGGUCCUGUUGGCAGAGGAGAGGGGCAGCGAGCGCUUGUUUGCGGUGAAGGUGUUGAAGAAAGAUGUGCUGUUUCAGGAUGAGGACACAGAGAGCGCCAUGGUGGAGAGAAGAGUGCUGGGCCUCGUGGGGCGACCUCACUUCCUGACCUCCCUCUACUGCGCCUUUCAAACCGAGGAUCGUCUGUAUUACGUUAUGGAGUACGUGAACGGUGGUGAUCUUAUGUUUCACAUCCAAAUCGUUGGCAAGUUUAAAGAACCGCAUGCAGCGUUCUAUGCUGCUGAGAUAGCAGUGGGUCUGUUCUUCCUGCACAACAAAGGCAUCAUAUACAGAGAUCUAAAGCUGGACAAUGUCCUGCUGGACAGUGAAGGACACAUAAAGAUAGCAGACUUUGGGAUGUGUAGGGAAGGCAUGAUGGAAGGGGACACCACUCGGACCUUCUGUGGCACACCUGAUUACAUCGCACCUGAGAUUGUGGCAUAUCAGCCGUAUGGUAAAGCAGCGGACUGGUGGUCAUAUGGAGUCCUCCUCUAUGAGAUGCUGGCUGGACAGCCUCCUUUUGAUGGCAUAGAUGAGGAGGAGCUGUUUCAGUCCAUCAUGGAACAGAGCGUUUCAUAUCCUAAGAGUCUCUCUCGGGAGGCUGUGGCCAUCUGCAAAGGACUUCUCACCAAGAACCCUGCUAAGCGUUUGGGUGGAGGAGAGGAUGCAGAGAGAGAGCUGCGGGAGCAUCCUUUUUUCCGCUGGAUGGACUGGGACCGGCUGGAGAGACUGGAGAUACAGCCUCCCUUCAAACCCAGAAGUGGAGGCAGAAAAGGAGAGAACUUUGAUAAUUUUUUCACAUCCGCCCCCUCUGCCCUCACGCCUUCUGACCCGGAUGUUCUUGCCGCCAUAAGUCAAGAGGAAUUCCAAGACUUCACCUACAAUAACCCCGAAUUUCCCCCCUCACCCCUCACAGCUGUCUGAGAAAACCUUGAUCAAUCCACACCAACCAUCUUUUGACUUUUUCUGCUUCUGUUCAUGAUUUCAACUUGUGACCAAAAAAAAAA